GCUUUGCCAAACUUCACCGAUGUAAGCUUUCGCAACCAUUUUCUCAACCUCUUGUGGACCACUCUAAGAAAUUACAUGAUAUUCUCCGGAUCCUCAGGGUAUGUUUUAACAUUCCUUGGAAGCAGAGAUGUUGAAAUAAAGAUGUGAAUAAUGAUUAUCAUCGUUGAUCAUUGAUAUAUUUUCUUGGAAUUACUAUAUUUUGAUUUGGUAUGUGUGAAACGAAACAAGGUCGACAAUUAUGAGAAAUGUUUAUUUCUCUUGUUCAAAAUCUACAGGGAGGGUGAUGACAAUGACUCAUGUAAUGUUUGUACGUAAAUAUGGAGAAUCAGUGUUCUUCGUAGAAAAUUUAUUUUCCGUACAGUGAUCUUUGACCGUAGUAUCAGUAUGGCAGCUAGUGCUGAAUCGAAAGUAGAAACCGAAAAUGUAAAAACGACAGACAAGUUCCUCUUGCGUAUGCAAGAAUGUUACGAAAACUACAUUGUAAUCGACUCAGGAGCAAAUCUCACAAAUAAAAAGUAUGGUCGUGAUCUAGAGUCUGUGAUACAACGAGCGAAAGAUGCAGGUGUUAUGAAGAUUGUGGUAACUGGUGCGUCAUUACGUUCAAGUAAAGAAGCGUUGAGAUUAACUAGAUUGUAUCCUGGGGUUAUAUAUUCCACAGCAGGGAUUCAUCCUCAUGAUGCAAAAUCUUGGACAGAAGGCUAUUUAGAUGAUCUGCGAGAAAUUGCUUUGAAUCCAGAAUGUGUGGCUAUUGGUGAAUGUGGACUUGACUACAAUAGAGAUUUUUCUCCUGCUGAAAUUCAACGAGAAGUAUUGCAAAAACAGCGUCUUUUUCGCAACAUACCCCUUAGCCCUUCUUUGACAUUGAUCAGAGAAGCACAAAGUUACAAAAAUAGUCUUCUUGAUUUAAAAUUUGUAUUUAUUCUCUCUGUUUUUGACAUCCACAAAACUGAAUUACUUUUUAAUUUGGUGCUGGUGAAAAUUAACAGCAGUCAGAUCAGUAUUGUCGCUGACUCUGACGGUGCUUCAUUUCUGAAAAAUGUAAGGAAUGAAGAAAAGUGGUUUGAAGCUUUUCAAAUUGCUGAGAAGGCAAAGGUUAUAUAUCUCCUGCACCGAAAGAAGAUUUUAGUGAAAAGAAUCAAGCUAGGUGAUACCACUCAAUUUUCAAAAUUUUGUGAAGAAUUUCCAAUGGAUGUUUUAGUUUCUUUGUUGCAAAGCUUUGAUUUGUAUAUUAACACAAGAUUCAUUUCUUCUUACACUGUUAUCUUUUGUGGUGUGGGGAAUGAGGUAGCUUUGGCAUGUGAACUCCAAAAGCCACUUUUCAUUCAUGAGCGUGAAGCUCAUAAAGAUUUACUUGAUAUUUUAGAAAAAUUCAGAGAAAAUUUACCUACUGUCGUUAUGCAUUGCUUCACUGGUUCCCUAGAGCAGGCUGAAAAGUAUAUAAACAUGGGAAUAUACAUAGGAAUAACAGGGUACCUAUGUAAAGAUAAAUCUGACACUGGUGUUCGCAAGAUUCUUGAAAGUGGAUUGAUUCCUCUGGAACAAUUGUUGGUCGAAACUGAUUCUCCAUUUAUGUAUCCAAACACAAGGGCAUCCAAGCUUCCUACACAUGUUAAAGAGGCUCUCACAGAUAGGUCUCUCAUGUUUCUGCAACGCUAUUGUACAUUUCAACGAAAUGAACCUUGUUCAUUGCCUGCAAUUGUAGAAAUGAUUGCAGCUUUUAUGAAGAAACGUCCAGAAGAAGUUGCUCUAGCUACAGCUUUCAAUUCAAUGAAAGUUUUUGGACUGACAUAAUCCUAAAUUUGCAAUUCAAUAGGUGCUAUAUUGAUGUAAAAUUAUAUUACCAUGGUGUUUUAUAUGCUUAAAUAUUUUUACAUGUUGUUGUAUAAUAUAAAAAAUGUAUUUACUAAUAUGGAAAUAAAUGAAUGUUAUUGUUACAGUUUUGAA